CAAGAAGCCAAGUCUUCUAUGUAGCAAGCUUCAAGAAUGACCUACGUGUGCAACAGGACGUGACCGAUACUAUAUAUCAGACUGAGUUUCCCAGGUGUAGCUAAUUCUACAACAAGAUUAACAAGAUGUAAGUUACAAGUCCAAUGUCAAGAAAAGACAAACCAUGUCCUUGCAUAUUGCCGUCCAAGCUUGAUCUAUAUAUGGAUCUUGUUUUCACAUCAUAUACAAACUAAAAGGUAACAAGAUGCAGAAUCUUGCACCUCUCUUGCUCUUGCCCCUUCUCUUCAGCCUUCUGCUAUUCUGCAAUGCCAAUCAGGCGAAUUAUCUGCACAGCCAGCUCAAAUCUAGAAUAUCACAGAACAGUAUUUCCUAUUCAGAUUCAUGGUCACAGUUACAUGCACAAAGGGAGUAUUCUCCUGUUUUCCUAACAUCCCAAGAUGGACAAAUGCAGGCUGACAAGAUCAGCACCUUGCCGGGGCAACCUGAUAACGUGGAUUUCGAUCAGUAUUCAGGAUACAUUACGGUGGAUCCACAGGCUGGACGAGCACUGUUUUAUUACUUCGUUGAGUCUCCGACUAAUUCUUCCACCAACCCUCUGGUUCUGUGGCUGAAUGGAGGUCCAGGAUGUUCAUCCUUUGGGUUUGGAGCAAUGGAGGAGUUGGGCCCUUUCAGGGUCAAUAGUGAUGGAAAAACUCUAUUCCGGAAUAAUUAUGCAUGGAAUAAUGUGGCAAAUGUGAUCUUCCUGGAGUCACCUGCUGGAGUCGGUUUCUCAUACUCAAACACAUCUGCCGACUACGACACCACCGGCGACAUAAGAACCGCAGGUGAUGCCUACACUUUUCUUGUCAACUGGCUCGACAGAUUUCCACAAUACAAAGACAGGGAUUUCUAUAUCACUGGAGAAAGUUACGCUGGUCAUUACGUCCCACAACUAGCAUACACGAUAUUGAUCAACAACAAAAGAACCAACCAAACUGUGAUCAAUCUAAAGGGCAUUGCUAUAGGGAAUGCAUUGGUGGAUGACAGCAUGCUGGGACAAGGGUUCUUUGAUCAUCUCUGGACAUAUGCAUUGAACUCUGAUGAGACACAUGCAGGGAUCCUCAAAUAUUGUGAUUUUGUGAAUGGAACAGCAUCAGAUAAAUGCUUUAGUUUUGUGCAAAAAAGCAGUGACGAGGCUGGAGAUUUUGAUAUUAACAACAUUUAUGCACCAGUCUGCCUCAAUCCUGUGCUUAAAAAUGGCUCCACUGGAUCUGUAAAUUUCUUUGAUCCCUGCUCAGACACAUAUGUCAAAUAUUACUUGAAUACAGCUGAAGUUCAAGGUGCUUUCCAUGUAAGGCCAACCACUUGGAGUGGAUGCAGAGGUUUUCACUGGACAGAUUGGCAAAGCAAUGUUUUGCCAACAAUCCAGGAUCUCAUGGCUAGUGGCAUGAGGGUAUGGCUAUACAGUGGAGACAUAGAUGCAAAUGUUCCAGUUACGUCGACAAGGUAUGCAAUCAACAGCCUUAAACUCCCAGUACAGACUGCUUGGCGGCCAUGGUACCUUGACGAUGAGGUUGGAGGGUAUGUGGUGGGAUACGAAGGACUGACAUUUGUGACAGUUAGAGGAGCUGGACAUCUUGUUCCCAGCUACCAGCCUCAGAGAGCACUUGCUAUGAUAUCAUCCUUCCUUCAAGGGGUUCUUCCUCCCUCUUCCUGAUCACCUGGAUAAUUACACUGACUACUCCUGAGAAUAAGCACAUUAUGAAGAAAGAGAUCCUCACAUUGUAUUGGUUGUAGUCAUGUUUUAGACUACCCAAGAUCAUGCAGUAUAAAACAUGACUGCAAGGGGUGUUUGUUUACAUCGUCUCAAAGUUUAGGUUCUUUUUUUUAGUAUGUCUGAACAUCAAAGGAUGUUUUUUAUA